CAAAUUAAAGAAAAGUACAGUUAUAUCGUCUUCUUGUUAGCUUCCGUAUAACGGUGGGCAAAACGAGCUUUACUUCCAUUUUCCUUUAGCUUCACGGCUCAUUAUCAAAUCCCAAAUUAUCCAUAAUAAAUUCCAAAAUCUCCAAUUAUUUACCCUAAAUUUAUCUUUUUCCCCUCCAAAAUUGCCACUAUUCAAUCCCCAAUCAGUGACAAAACGUCUCUGUUUUACGAGAAUUUUGUUUUUUUUUUCUCUUUAAUUGGGUAUGGCCGUGUUGCUAGAGGACAUUGUGCAAUCGGUAGAGCUAUGGCUGAAGCUUAUAAGGAAGAAACCGCAACCUUAUGCGGAUCCGAAUCUCGACCCGGUUUUGUUGGUGCCUGGCGUCGCCGGUUCCAUUCUAAAGGCGGUGGACAAUGACAACGAUAAAAGGGAUGAACGCGUUUGGGUUCGAAUUCUUAGAGCCGAUUACACGUUUCGCACUAAGCUUUGGUCGCGCUUCAAUCCUUCUACAGGUAGAACUGAGUCUUUAGAUCCAAACACAAGAAUUGUGGUUCCUGAGGACAGAUAUGGAUUAUAUGCAAUUGAUGUCUUGGAUCCUGACCUGGUCAUAGGACGCGAUUGUGUUUACUAUUUUCAUGAUAUGAUUGUUGAGAUGAUCACUUGGGGUUUUCAAGAGGGAAAAACUUUGUUUGGAUUUGGCUAUGAUUUUCGCCAAAGUAAUAGGUUGGCAGAUACAAUGGAGUGCUUUGCUAAAAAAUUGGAGUCCAUAUAUAAUGCUUCUGGUGGGAAGAAGAUUAACAUCAUAAGCCAUUCUAUGGGCGGUCUUCUAGUUAAAUGUUUCAUGUCCUUGCAUACUGAUAUUUUCGAGAAAUAUGUGAAUAAUUGGAUUGCUAUUGCUGCACCUUUCCGGGGUGCACCUGGGUAUGUCACAUCAACUUUUCUUAAUGGGAUGUCAUUUGUUGAAGGAUGGGAGCAGAAUUUUUUUAUAUCAAAGUGGAGCAUGCAUCAGCUGCUCAUUGAAUGUCCAUCAAUAUAUGAAUUAAUGUCAUGUCCACAUUUUAAUUGGCAAUACAUUCCUCUUCUGGAGAUCUGGAAAGAGAAACAAGAUAAUGAUGGCGGCUCUCAGAUGAUUCUAGAGUCAUAUUCUCCUGAAGAGAUUAUCGAAGUUUUCAAGGAAGCUCUUUCUACUAACACGGUCAAUUAUGAUGGAACGGAUAUUCCUCUACCUUUUAACCUAGAGAUCUUGAAAUGGGCUAAUGAAACAAAGAAGGUUUUGUCUUCUGCUAAAGUUCCUCCUCAAGUUAAAUUCUACAAUAUAUAUGGGAUCAACCUUGAGACUCCUCACAGUGUCUGCUAUGGAAGUGAGGAGGCACCUGUCCGGGAUGUCAAGGGACUGCGAUUUUUCCAGCCUACAUAUGUAUGUGUUGAUGGUGAUGGGACAGUUCCUGCUGAAUCAGCCAAGGCAGAUGGGCUCAAUGCAGAAGCGCGGGUUGGUGUCCCUGCUGAGCACCGGGGAAUUCUAAGCGAUCACCAUGUGUUUAGAAUUCUUAAACACUGGCUAAAAGCAGGUGAACCGGAUCCUUACUACAACCCGCUCAAUGAUUAUGUGAUUCUACCCACUUCUUUCGAAAUUGGGAUGCACAAAGAGAAAGGCUUGCAAUUUACAUCUCUCAAAGAGGAAUGGGAAAUCGUCUCAGGAGAUCAAGUUGACAACAAUAACAUGGCUGACAGAAGGCUUGUAGUGAGUUCAAAAUCUGUUUCUUGUGCCGGAGAUGGUAAAUCUUUACCGGAAGAAGCGUACGCGACUGUGAUUGUUCAUCCUCAGAAUGAGGGUAAGCAACGGAUUCAGCUAAAUGCUGUUGGUGUGUCUGUUGAUGCUUGAAAUUGAAUUAUUGUUCGAGUUCCUGGUGCAAAUUUGCUGGGUUGCUUGAGAUGAUGUUGUAUGUAAAUCUUGUAAUGUGCAUAUAUGUUGCUUGUAACCGUGACCAUAUCGUUGUUUAUUGUAUAAAAAGUUCUGCACUUGCACAGGAAAACUGCUGAUAAACUCUCGCUUGCUCAUCCAAA